AUGUGGCCAAUAUCUCCGGAGGGAGUACACCUGACUCUGUUCAGCGAGGACCCGAAGAUCAGAGAGGCGCUCGCAGUCGAGUUGACAGCUGAUCGCUUUGUGUCCAGAAAUAAGUUGAAGAAGGCAUCAAGGGUGCAGAAGAAGGCAGGCGGCAAGGACGGCAAGGAGAUCAAGAUCAUCAUCAAGUCGACGGCGGCAUCUGGUCGCUUCACGAGGAAGGAGAUGGAGGGGCUGUGCAACGGCGGCAACACUUCCAUCGCAAGAGUCAAGAGAGUCUUGUUGGAGAUCGCUAACAGGCUCGAGAUCAACGUUGAAGGCAUCGACAUGGAGGAGGAUUUGAACAGCCUGAGGCGGCUGAGGAUCACAAUGGAGGCAGCAUCUCCGUCAAGCCAAGAGGACAUGCAGCUCGUCAGCGAGCUGUCAGCAGUCAUCGAAGAUGCAGCUUCUUUGAAGCUGGUCCUUGACAAGGCCGUUGGCAACCUCCACGACACGUUCUACUCUCCGGGGAGCCUGGAGUUCAUGUCGCUGGGAGAGUGGGCGAAGAUGCCAGAGGAGCAGGGAGUUGGGCGCAACGUUCUCAAGGAGAAGCUGGGGAAGUAG